CCCGCCACCUCGCCUGGAUGUAGGAGGCCUAGCCGAGCGGUGACACCAAGGGUGACACCCCCCAUCCCGGCGGUGGGCGACGACGGGGACCCCCCCGCGUCCCCCCAGCCCUCGGGGGCACCAUGAAGGACCGGCUGGAGCAACUCAAGGCGAAGCAGGAUGCGGAUGACGACGCAGAGGAGCUGGAGAUCGCCGUGGACAACACGGCCUUCAUGGAUGAGUUCUUCUCCGAGAUCGAGGAGACACGGCAGAACAUCGACAAGAUCUCGGAGAACGUGGAGGAAGCAAAGAAGCUCUACAGCAUCAUCCUCUCAGCGCCCAUUCCAGAGCAGAAGACCAAAGAUGACCUGGAGCAGCUGACAGCAGAGAUCAAGAAAAUGGCCAACAGCGUCCGGAACAAGCUGAAGAGUAUGGAGAGGAACAUCGAACAGGAUGAGGCGCGAUCCUCCGCUGACCUCCGGAUACGCAAAUCCCAGCACUCGGUCCUGUCUCGCAAGUUCGUGGAUGUCAUGACCAAGUACAACGAGGCGCAGGUGGAUUUCCGGGAGCGCAGCAAGGGUCGGAUCCAGCGGCAGCUGGAGAUCACUGGCAAGAACACCACGGACGAGGAGCUGGAGGAGAUGCUGGAGAGCGGGAACCCCUCCAUCUUCACCUCGGGGAUCAUGGACUCGCAGAUCUCGAAGCAGGCGCUGAGCGAGAUCGAGGGGCGGCACAAGGACAUCGUGCGCCUGGAGAGCAGCAUCAAGGAGCUCCACGACAUGUUUGUGGACAUCGCCAUGCUCGUGGAGAACCAGGGAUCCAUGAUUGACCGCAUCGAGAACAACAUGGAUCAGUCCGUGGGGUUUGUGGAGAGGGCCGUGGCUGACACCAAAAAGGCUGUGAAGUACCAAAGCGAGGCCAGGAGGAAGAAGAUCAUGAUCAUGUUGUGCUGCAUCAUCCUGGCCAUCAUCCUGGCUGCCAGCAUCGGGAGCAUCUUCGCCUGAGCCCCCCUCCUGCUGCCCUCCAGGUG